AUGCGGCGGGGGGGCGCCGUUUGUGACCGACCUAGUCACACUAAAGCGAUCAAUAGAACACAAAAUUUUCCACGUAAUGAGACGCACAUGCGCCAUAGAAAACGACAUUUGGAUCAGCGUCGGAACAGAAACCGACUACGCAAUGAAGUUAUUCCAAUUUCAUCAGGAGAACAGGUAGAUGGGUUUCAUAUGCUUGCCAGAAGUGAAGCUCUUGAUCCUCACCUUGAAAGUCUUCAGGGCGAUGAAAGACCCACUGAAUCUCCUCCAAUUAGCGAGGGCACUGGCGAAGCCAUGCCCUUGGUUUCUACUCCAAUUGAUUGCAAUCUACAAGUAGGUAUUGUUGAAGCGCUGGAAACUUCAUUAAGCAGUCUUAAUCUACGAGAAACCUUAAUUGAACAGCUCCGGUCGGGUUCGUAUGCUUGCCUGAUUUGCCUAUCCAAUGUUGAGCCAGUGGACAAAAUUUGGUCGUGUUUUGGGUGUUAUCGUGUGUACCACCUUAGCUGCAUCACUGAUUGGGCUAUUUCGAAUACACAGAAAUCUGGAGCUGAACCUCGGACAAAUCAGAAAAUGCGAUCGUCGUGGCGAUGUCCAGCUUGUCAAAAGUCCUACUCAUCUCUAACAACUUCCCUCAUUUAUCGAUGUUUUUGUGGUAAAACCGUUCGACCCGAGUAUCGUCCCGGAUUUUCAACCAUCCCGCAUGGCUGUGACGAAGUGUGUGGCAGGUCAAAGGCACUUGCCAGUGAAAAAGCCAAUCAGCAGAAUAGAAGGGCGUCACCAUGUCCGCAUACCUGCACAGAACUUUGUCACCCCGGUCCCUGUCCACCGUGCACGGCUCUGGUUCAGCUACACUGCCCUUGCGGACGCGUGGUACAAACUUCGCGAUGCGGAGAGGAACCUCCGAAGCCCUGCGGGGCCCCUUGUGAUAGACUCCUGCCUACAAGACUUUGCGCCUUCGGUAGCCACCAUUGCCCCCUGCUAUGCCAUGAUGGCGAUUGUCCGCCCUGCAGGAAGCUUAUAAAAUCGGGUGAGCUGUGCUCUCUCACUUCGGAAUUCGGUAUUUUGUAUUGUGUUGCCUUUGUGCCUCUAGUUUGCUACUGUGGCCGAGUAGAUGAAGUCACGCGUUGUGGCAGUGAAAAGGCCAAGCGCUAUGAUCUGCGUGAGGCUAGGCUGGAAGCGGUGGUGGGCACCUUAGAUCUCUUUGAGAUAGAAAUGUUUUUUGACGGUGGUGAAGAGGAGAAAGCGGCGAUACUGGCUUCCGAAGAAGCGGUGGAGGCGAUCUUUGUGGGUACAGUAUUUUCCUGCGAGCAGACCUGCGAUCGGCCCCUGGCUUGCGGCCACCACAAAUGCAUCGCCUUAUGUCACCCUGGCGAGUGCCAACCCUGCCCUCUUCUGCCCUCCCAAUGCCUCACCUGCCCCUGUGGCCGUGUACGUCUCUCCCAGCUGGUCAUGAACGGAGAUGAACAUGGGAAUCGAAAAGAGUGUACUGAUCCCAUCCCCGUAUGUCCAAAUGUUUGCGGCCGUCCGAACUCAAUUUGCGGACAUCCUUGCCCGGAAAAGUGCCACCCAGGUCCCAAUUGCCCUCAAUGCAAGCUCACCACCAAGAUAACUUGUCGUUGUGGGAAGUCUUCCAAGGAGAUUCCCUGUCUCGAAUAUACCCAGGCUGUGAAGAAGGAUCCAAGUAAAUGUUUCUUCACCUUUCUUCCAUUUCAAGGUGGCUACCUUUUUACGCUUCAGACUCCUUCAAAUUUUUGUGUGAAAGGGUAUGCCGGAAAAAGAAAUCCUGCGGGCGACACAAGUGCGAUCGAAAGUGCUGCGAUGAGGCGGUAUUACAUCGUUGCUCAGAUGGUGAUUCAUGCGUGCCAGGCGAUAUGUGGUCGCACGCUGGCAUGCGGAAAGCACACUUGUGAGGAUCUAUGCCACUGUGGUCCCUGCGGUUCAUGUUGGCGAGGUGUGAUUAAUGAGGAGGUGUACUGUCACUGUGGUGCCACCGUUCUACCGCCACCACAGCCCUGCGGCACUAAACCACCUGAGUGCAACCAACCCUGCUCGCGGCCGCACUCAUGCGACCACCCUGUACAGCACACCUGCCACUCCGAGCCGGAGUGCCCAAAAUGCACCGUCCUCAUGACCAAACGCUGCCCUGGCGGUGAGUGA